UGAGUGUGACUCAUAUUUUCAUUUACGGUGUAGUAACAACAACCGCAUAAUAAUUUACUCAGAUGUUAUAAUACAAUUUAACCGGAUACAUUUCUUUGUACAAAAAUUUCUAUCGUACACUCCCUAUAUCACUUACACUUGAAAAUAACCGUAUGGUUAACAAUUUUACAGGAUUUUUAAUCUAUAACAUUUUUCAACAUUUGACCACCCCUCCUUUCUAUGCAUACUGAAAAAUCUUGGCUGAAGAAGUGGACCAUCCGGGUAUUUUUGACAAACUGUUUUUGCAUACCGAGAACAUACUAAUUUCGCUUACUAUAUAGUAUGAAAGUAGGCCAUUUCAUGCACAUGAUUAGUUUAGCAGUUUUGUGUCACAGUGGCACAGAAAUGAUACACAUUUUAAUUAUGAAAAAGUUCUGAUAAGUUUUUUUUUCUUGUUGACCCUGAAUUUGUUCUCAAUCAGUUGCUGUUAAUACAGUAAUACAAAUGGGGAUUCAUUAUUUUCCAAGAAAACAAAAUUAAAAAUUAACACUUUUUAGUUGCUUCUGGGCCAAUGUCAAUUAACACCCGUCCCCCAAAGUCAAAGUUUACGCAUGGCAAGAUCGGGCAUGACAGUUGCUGCAGAGUCCAUGCGCAAAGCUGGCACUACAUCAUCUAACUAUUCUUGCGUAGUCCAUGCACAACAUGUACAGGCAGACUUUUCUUAAGUGCUGUAGUUUCUCUGAGUGUGCGCUGCGCGUCGGACGCACGUCCCAGUUUUGGCACUGAGGAUACAGUGUGUAGGAACCCAGCGCGUCCUCCACUCUCCUCUAACCUCUCCACAGCGAGACGCACGACUCCAAAGGAUGCUUCACCAUAUGUUUCUCUCAACCGCUGAGUUUGGGUUUUGGAUGUAGGCGAUCCAUCGGGCGCACACAGAGUUCUGGAUUUAGAUGCUUGGCUGGCGGUAAGAAGACAUUGCGGGUGAUGGUAAAGCGCGUCUUGCGCGCUGCCUCUCGUUUCCUCGAUCUUUCCUCGGGACAGGGCAUUUGGCGAAGGGAAAUGUGAAGAACGCUUAAAGAAUGGCAUGUCAACAUGGUUUCUGCCAAGAAGGAGAUGGUGACUGCGAUGUACCCCACUUCUAUUUCCACUCUCCUCUACUUUCUCUGUGUGGCGGCUUGCAUAAAGAGAAUAUCUGGACAGAUCAAAAAGGAUGAGAAAUUAUACCCAGCAAAUUUCACGCGCAUUCUUGACCGACUCCUGGAUGGAUACGACAACCGACUCCGACCUGGAUUUGGGGGUCCAGUGACAGAAGUGAAGACAGAUAUUUACGUUACGAGUUUUGGCCCCGUGUCCGACGUUGAAAUGGAGUACACCAUGGACGUGUUUUUUCGCCAGACGUGGGUCGACAGGCGUUUACAGUACGAAGGUCCCGUGGAGAUACUCCGGCUAAAUAACCUCAUGGUGACCAAAGUCUGGACCCCUGACACCUUCUUCAGGAACGGAAAAAGAUCUGUGGCUCAUAACAUGACGGCACCUAACCGGCUUUUCCGAAUCAUGAAGAACGGAACGAUCCUUUACACAAUGAGGUUGACAAUAAGUGCAGAAUGCCCCAUGAGGUUGGUUGACUUCCCGAUGGAUGGCCACUCCUGCCCGCUGAAAUUCGGCAGCUAUGCCUAUCCAAUGACUGAGAUGAUCUACACCUGGACCAAAGGUCCACAGCAUUCUGUGGAGGUUCCACCCGAGUCAUCCAGCUUGGUUCAAUACGAUCUGAUCGGACAGACUGUGUCGAGUGAAACCGUAAAAUCCAUCACAGGUGAAUAUGUUGUGAUGACGGUCUACUUCCACUUGAAACGAAAGAUGGGCUACUUCAUGAUUCAGACGUACAUCCCCUGCAUCAUGACUGUAAUCCUUUCCCAAGUGUCUUUCUGGAUAAAUAAGGAAUCCGUGCCCGCCAGAACUGUCUUUGGAAUCACCACCGUCCUCACCAUGACGACCCUCAGCAUCAGCGCACGCCACUCUCUGCCCAAAGUCUCGUACGCCACGGCCAUGGAUUGGUUCAUCGCUGUGUGUUUCGCGUUUGUGUUCUCGGCCCUUAUAGAGUUCGCCGCUGUGAACUAUUUCACCAACGCACAGAUGGAGAGAGCAAAGAGAAAGCAGGCCAAAGCUGCUGCUGCGGCUAACGCUAAAAGUUCAGGGAAAGCCAAAGAGACAGAUGAAGUUGUACAGCCAAAUUCAGACACAAACGGAAACCUACGAAAACGCGUGAACUCACAGCCCGAGGGCAAAAAAGGCCAAAGGACCGAAGCUUCCAGCAAGAGCGGAACAGCGUCAUCCAAACCGACCCUGACCAGCCAAUCAUCUUCCACCUCAGAGGGUGCCAGCAGUUUCUCCAGCCAAUCACGUCUCAGCCCCAGUUCCGCCGGUCAAUCAAACACAGCAACUUUAUCCGCACCCUCCAAGACCACACCCCCAGCUCCGCCUUCAACGCCGACAGUUCCCGACAACCCAUCGUCUGGCACGGCUCCCGGCACCGCCACUCUUCACCAUCUUCUCGGGCCUAAACUAGAGAACAUUAAAAAGAAGGAAGUCAAAGCCCCGCCCCCCACACAACCCCCGCCUCCUGCUACCGGAGGAGCUAGCAAGAUCGACGAAUAUGCCCGAAUUUUAUUCCCUGUAUCCUUUGGGGCGUUCAACAUGGUGUACUGGGUGGUUUACUUAUCCAGGGACACCAUGGUGGCCAAAGGAGGCUAACGUGGGCACGUUGUUUGUACUGUUUUUCUACAGCUCGCUGAAGAAACAAAAGAUUCCUCUAAGGAUUAAAUCAGCCAUUGUUCUAAGCAGUUCCCAGAAAUGAAAUUAUAUUAUGGCAAAAAAAAAAAAACUGGACAGACAAUAAGCGCCUCAUGAGAUUAUGGGUGAUGUAAAAUCCAAACCUUUUUCCUUGAUUGUCAAAACGGGACCAUACACAAGAUUAAGCAUGUGGAUAUAUAAGUUAAAAUAAGUCAUUUAAAAAGCAAUCUCACGGGAAUGAAUCAUAGGUGUGUCUGUUUAAAUAGCCAUAUUUCUGGUCUGACCUAUUUAUCGCCGGACAAAGUGAAACGGGAACGUUUAGUAAUUCAAUGCCAGGGCCAUUUAGUCUAUUUUUAUAUAGAGACACUUUUCAUUCAUUCAGAGAACCGCUAUGGAUAAGUUUUCUGAAACAUCACAAAAAUGAACUCACCCUGUGGACGAAGAAUAAAUGCUCUUCAGACGUUGUGACACAAUCUCGCUCAUUUUAAACAACAUCUGACAUCUAUCCUGCGUUCUCAUUUGGAGAGAACCGGCCUUUAGAAGAUUGAUUGACGUAAACACGUAUGCAUGAAGAAUUUUCUUAUAAGUCGUAAAGCACAAGUAAUGAUUUACUCUCUGUUUUUUGAAGUUUAACAGCUUGUUUUUUAGUUUUUAAUUUCAUUUUGAUUUGUUUCAUGUAAUAGAUUAUACAUUCUGCUAUUAAGAAGGCUUGACAUGGGGAAGACGUUUAACUGUAUGAAACGCACAGUAAGUGUGUACGGGACCCUGGAGACUGCUGUCGUGGCAACCGCGCAGGGUCCAGAUGGUUCUAGAGUCAAUUAGAACAGCACGAGAGGUUAAGGAGACAUCUGGGGUAGUCACACAAGUUGUCUACCAAUCCUCACAGGGCUGUAAACUGGAUCUUAACAUCGAUUGGUUGAGGUCUUCAGUGUCCACUGAACAUUUUCAAUGCUGCAAAUUUUACACUAAAUCAAUGUAAAAAUAGUUCAGCCAAAAACUGAAAAUUCUGUCAUUGCAGACUCACUGUCACAUUCAACAAUGUAAAAAAUUAUGCAGCAUGAACAACUUGGUCAACCUAUUAUUUAAAGUUUUGGCUUUGAAAAGUUGACUUAUAAAAUCCAGUUGGAAUUGUUUAACUUUAUUUUUUAAGUUAAAGUAACACAAAAAUUUGACAAAAAUGCUGCAUAUUUUUUACAGUGACCAGUUCAACUUAAAAGUUUACACUUCACUUUUCCAAGCACUGAAGCUGAUGGACUGUGUAAAGUGAACUGCAAAAAAUGACUUGAUGAGCAAUAUGACCUAAGAAAAUAAAUCUAGUUUUUAGAAAAAAAUAUCAAAUUUAAGUGGAUUUGUGCAUAAAAGUUUUUUUUUACUUUUUUCUUAAACAUUUAAUUCAAGAAAAAUUUAAGAAAAUUGUUUUUACACUGCAAAAAAUGACUUUCUUACUUAGUAUUUUUGUCUUGUUUUCAGUACAAAUAUAAAAAAAUUCAUUUUAAAUUAGCAAAAUGACCUAAGAAAAUAGUAAAAAAAAUCUAAUUUAAGUGGAUUUGCAGAUUAAACAAGCAAAAAAAUCUGCCAAUGGGGUAAGCAAUUUAAUUUUUAAUUUUUUCUUGAAUUGUUUAAGAAAAAUGUUAAAGAUUUUUUUGCUCACUUCGUUGGUAGAUUUUUUUUUGCUUGUUUAAUCCACAAAUUCACUUAAAUUUGACAUUUUUGUCUUAAAACUAGACUUAUUUUCUUAGGUUAUUUUGCUCAUCAAGAAAAUUCAUCUUGACUUGAGAAUAUUUAGAUAUUUGUCCGUAAAACAAGAUUUUUUUGUUUGUUUUAUUUACACUGCAAAAAAAGAUUUUCAAGAAAAUAUUUUCUUAGUAUUUUUUUGUCUUGUUUUCAGUAAAAAAUAAAAAAAUUCUUAAAUUAAGAUGCUUUUUCUUGAUGAUCAAAACAACCCAAGAAAAUAAGUCUACUUUUUAGACCACAAAUAUCAAUUUUGUGCAUAAAACAAGCAAAAAAAUCUGCCAAUGGGUUAAGCAAAUUUUUCUUGAAAUUUUCUUGUAUUUAGUUUUUAAGAAAAUUUAAUUUUUGCUUGUUUUAUGCACAAAAUCACUUAAAUUUGAUAAUUUUGGUCUAAAAACUAGAUUUAUUUUCUUGGGUCGUUUUGCUCAUCAAGAAAAAGCAUCUCGACUAGAUAUUCUUUUACUGAAAACAAGACAAAAAUACUUUAAAAAAAAUUUAUUGAAAAUCCUUUUUUGCAGUGUAUAAAUUCAGUUAAAUGUUUUAUUUUUGGUCUUAAACUAGACUUAUUUUCUAAGGUCAUUUUGUUCAUCAUAAUUCUUGAUUUAAGAAUUUUUAGAUAUUUGUACUAAAAACAAGACAAAAAUACCAAGAAAGUCAUUUUUUGCAGUGUGAAGCAUUAAAAUAAAAUAAAAAGAGUGAACGAUGAUGACAGAAUCUUUAUAUCGGCUGAACUCUUUCUAUCUGUAACGGCAAACAGGGAGAAGUUUGAUUCAUCUCUUUGUAUGGCCUGUUUUGCUCUUUGGUAUUGAUAUUGGAAGACUGAUAUAAUAAUGCAAAGAUUUUUGAUACUGGACAUGCAGACGACAUGUGAAUGGAUCCAUUUCACCACUUUGUUAAAAUGUAACAUAUAACAGAUAUAUAUCAUACAUGCAUAGCAUAUAUAUCAUAAAUUUGGUUUGUUAUUCAGAUCUAUCCAAUUAAUUAAACAAUUGAUUAAUUAGAAGAAAUGUACGUGUGUAUUUUUAGACUUAUUCCUGUGCACACAGUUACAUAGACAUCUGAUGCUUUAUCUGUGAGAAUGUAUGUAUAUGAAUGCAUGUGUGUGUGCGCGCUGUGCGUGUGCGCGUGUGCAUUGAUAACUCUACAGGGCCCCAGUGAAAAAUAGAUCUUCAGCACAGUGCAUUGUGGGAUACACUAUACUUGUAUUCUGCACAUUCUUGUACAUCUAGUAGGCUACUCCAACUAAAUAAAAUGUGCAUUGUCUGCACAGUACAUAUACUGUACUGCAUACGGCUGCA